AUGGACGAGUCUGAGCUCAAGACCCAGGCUCCGGCCCAGGGCGGCGGUGAACGUAUCCGUUGGGACGCCGACGAGGAGGCCGGCAGGAAGGCCAAUCGCCAGAGCACCGGGCCUGCUCUGCAUCAUGCGCGUUCCAACACGUCCAUGUCGAUUCACUCGGUCCGGUCCAGACGCAACUCCAUCGAUGUUGCUGCCGAGUUGCCCAUCCAGUACCGCACGGUGUCUAUUGAGAUUGAAGAAUUCAAGUCUAAAGCUGAGAAGACGAAAAAGGUCAAAAAUGUCGCAACAGACCUCUCCGAACUCGAAUGGCAUACUCUCUCGGUCGAGGAAGUCCUCCGUCGCCUGUCCUCUUCCCUCACCGACGGUCUCUCCCCGGAUCAGAUCCAGCGCCGCAUCGCCCACUAUGGCAAGAACGCGCCCUCGCCUCCCCCCUCGCACAACACGAAGAGAAUCCUCGGAUACUUCUUCAAGGGCUUCGGUACAGUCUUGCUCGUGGCGUCCAUCCUCGUCUUCAUCGCGUGGAAGCCCCUGGGCAGCCCCCCGGCCGUCGCUAACCUGGCUCUCGCCAUCGUGCUGCUGGCCGUCUUCUUCAUCCAGGCCGCCUUCAACAUGUGGCAGGACUGGUCCUCUUCUCGCGUCAUGAACUCGAUCAAGACGAUGCUUCCGGAUCACUGCAUGGUCAUCCGCGAUAGCAACCAGAUCGAGCUCAUGGCUGACCAGAUCGUGCCUGGAGACAUUCUGAUCAUCAAGUCCGGAAACAAGCUGCCUGCUGAUGUGCGCUUCCUCAAGGUGUCCUCGGAUGCCAAGUUUGACAGGUCGAUCUUGACUGGAGAAUCGGUUCCUUUGCCCGCUGCGGUUGACUCUACGGAUAACAACUACCUCGAAACCCGAUGCAUCGGUCUGCAGGGCACCCACUGCGUGUCUGGAACCUGCACCGGUGUGGUCGUGGCCACGGGCGACAACACCAUCUUCGGACGCAUCGCCAAGUUGACCAACGAGCCCAAGAAGGGACUGACUACGCUGGAACGUGAAGUCCUGCACUUCGUUCUCAUCAUCUGCUCCAUCAUGUUCCUCAUGAUUGUUCUCGUCUUGAUCGUCUGGGCUUCGUGGUUGAGAGUCAAGUACCCCAACUGGAUCAACGUCCCCAACUUGAUCAUCUCUUGCGUGUCUGUUGCUGUGGCUUUCAUCCCUGAGGGUCUCCCUGUUGCUUUGACGGCCAGCAUGACCAUCAGCGCCAACAUGAUGCGCAAGAACAAGAUUCUCUGCAAGUCUCUCAAGACUGUCGAGACCCUUGGUUCUGUGUCCAUCAUUUGCUCCGACAAGACCGGCACUCUGACACAGAACAAGAUGAUCGUCACCGAAUGCGCCAUCGGAACGAACAAAAUGACUGCUCAGGGUGCUCGGGAUACCAUGGCGGUAAACAAGCACUCCUCGCCCAACAACAACGCUCUGGACCAGCUCCGCGCCAUCGCCGGUCUGUGCAAUGCUGGACAGUUCGAUGCGGCUACCAUGCGCCUGCCUCUUCACGAGCGUGUCAUUCACGGUGACGCUACGGACCAAGCCAUCCUGCGCUUCUCUGAGAGUCUGGGCCAGGUUGCCGAGCUGAAGCGCUGCUGGUCGACGAAGUACGAUCUUGCGUUCAACAGCAAGAACAAGUACAUGAUCCGCGCGCUUGGUCUCUCGCACCCCGACGGUCUGUCUCUUGCUUUGCCUUCCGACACCGCCUCGGUUUUCCAGCCUGGUGACGUUCUUCUGACCAUCAAGGGUGCUCCCGAGAUUCUCAUGAGCAGACUGAGCAACUACGUUAAUCCCUCUGGAUACACUACUUCUCUGGACCCCGCGACUCGCGCUUCGAUCGAGGGAAUCAAGGAUGAGUGGUCUGCUCAGGGACGCAGAGUCCUGCUUCUCGCUCGCAAGGCCAUCUCCAGAUCGGCCCUCCCCAGCAACCCUUCUGACAGCGCCUAUGAGAUGGAAAUCAACAAGCAGGCACAAUCUGGACUCACUCUCGUUGGUAUCGUCGGUAUCGUCGACCCUCCUCGCCCUGAAAUCCCUGAGGUUAUGAACACUCUCCGCGGCGCCGGUAUCCGCAUCUUCAUGGUCACCGGUGACUUUGCCCUCACAGCCCAAGCCAUCGCAGCCGAAUGCAACAUCAUCAGCGUCCCCCGUUCCGAAAUCGAUGACAUCUCGGCCCUUCACCGCAAUACCACCGUCGACCCCUCCAUCAAGGCCGUGAUCGAGGACCUCGAAUCCUCCCCGCGUCACGCCAUCGUUCUCUCCGGCCCCGAGCUGAUGACCCUCAACGACGACCAGUGGGACCAGCUGGCUCAAUACCAAGAAAUCGUCUUCGCGCGCACCACACCCGAGCAGAAGCUCCGCAUCGUCCGUGAGCUCCAGGCCCGCCACCAGAUCGUAGGCAUGACCGGUGACGGCGUCAACGACGCGCCCUCUCUGCGCGCGGCCGAUGUCGGCAUCGCCCUCGGAUCCGGAAGCGACAUCGCCAUCGAGGCCGCCGACAUGGUUCUCUUGGACUCCUUCUCCAGCGUCGUCGAGGCUCUCCGGUACGGCCGCAUGAUGUUCGACAACCUCAAGAAGACCGUCGCGUACCUGCUCCCGGCCGGCUCCUUCUCCGAGUUCUGGCCCGUCAUGACCAACGUGCUCUUCGGCAUCCCCCAGAUCCUCAGCAGUUUCCUCAUGAUCAUCAUCUGCCUCUUCACCGACGCCGCCGCCGCCAUCGCCAUGGCCUACGAAGCGCCCGAGGCCGACGUCCUGACCCGCAAGCCCCGCGUUCCCGGCAAGGACCGCCUCGUGGACUGGCAGCUCGUCGUGCAGGCUUACGGUCUUGUCGGCGUGCUCGAGACGUUGGCUUCCUUCGCCAUGUCGUACUGGUACCUCGAGCGCAACGGCAUCAGCUUCAGGGACAUUUGGUUCUCCUUCGGCAACCUCCCCGCGGGCAUCGACCAGGACUUCUACCAGCAGAAGCUCAACGUCGCGAGCUCCAUCUAUUUCGUCAACCUGGUCGUCAUGCAGUGGUUCAACCUACUCGCCGUCCGCACGAGGAGGUUGUCCCUCUUCCAGCACCCGCCCAUCGGCAACAAGCGCACCCAGAACCUGUACCUCUUCCCCGCGGUGGCCUUCUCCCUCGUCAUGGUCUUCUUCUGGCUGUACGUCCCCGAGUUCCAGAGCACCCUCGGCACCGCCAUCGUGCCUGUCGAGUACUGGUUCCUGCCCAUGACCUUCGGCCUUGGCAUCCUGCUCAUUGACGAGGCGAGGAAGUACGCUGUGCGCAGGUGGCCUAAUAGUGUGUUCGGCAAGACUGCGUGGUAA